AUGACAGGUCGAAUAGAUGAAGGCUCGGACGUGGAGUCUGAACCGGACCUGCCCUUGAAGAGGAAGCAGAGGCGCAGUCGGACCACCUUCACAGCCGAGCAGCUGGAAGAGCUGGAGAAGGCCUUUGAAAGGACACACUACCCAGACAUCUACACCAGAGAGGAACUAGCCCAGAGAACCAAGCUCACCGAGGCCAGAGUACAGGUUUGGUUCAGCAAUCGUCGAGCAAGAUGGCGUAAACAAGCUGGAGCCAGUCAACUGGCGGCAUUUAACCACCUGUUACCUGGAGGGUUUCCACCAACAGGCAUGCCCACUUUACCAACAUACCAGCUUCCUGAGUCCACCUAUCCUUCAACAACAUUACCACAAGACGGCUGUGGCACGGUGCAUCGGCCCCAGCCGUUGCCCCCCUCCACCAUGCAUCAGGGCGGGCUCUCGAGCGACAGCAGCUCCGCCUACGGCCUCUCGUCCAACCGCCACAGUUUCUCCAGCUACACCGACACCUUCAUGAGCCAGUCAGCGAGCAGUAAUCACAUGAAUCCCGUGAGCAAUGGACUAUCUCCACAGGUGAUGAGCAUCCUCAGCAACCCUAGUGCCGUGGCCCCUCAGCCCCAGCAUGAGUUCUCCAUCUCCCCCCUGCACAGCGGCCUGGAGGCCUCCAAUCCCAUCUCAGCCAGCUGCAGCCAGCGCUCUGAGCCUAUCAAGACCGCUGACAGCCUGCCCUCCUCCCAGUCCUACUGCCCCCCUACGUACAGCACCACCAGCUACAGCGUGGACCCCGUCACUGCCGGCUACCAGUACAGUCAGUACGGCCAGACUGCGGUGGAUUACCUGGCUAAGAAUGUGAGCUUGUCCACACAGAGAAGGAUGAAGCUCGGCGAGCACUCGGCUGUGCUCGGACUGCUACAGGUGGAGACGGGACAGGCGUAUUGAUGGAUCUCGAACUGAACAUCCACUCAUCUGUUUCACCAGCAUCCCUCCAUUCUUUCUGCAGUGCCCACACGUGGUCCAUCUGACUAGGAGUGAACGAGACCAAGAGAAGUUAAAAAAUCACGGGCAGUCUUAGACUUUCUACCUAUAGCAGCGUGAAUACAAAAGCCAUUCCACAUAAAAACAGACACUAUUGUGCCGCAUCUCCUUACUCAUCCCGAUCCUUUCUCUCUUUCACAACAAAGAGACCCUUUCAGGGCUUCAGAAAGAAGCCGAGGGAAAAUGAGCAUCAAUUGUCUGAGCCCAAAUCACUAAAGCCCUGCCCGUCGGCAUCCAGUGUUAGCACACAUAGGCUACAGCUGCAGCUGUUGCCCAUUCCAAACUGUUCGGACCAUGUUGUUUAUAGAAAAUGAUGGUAUUAUAAUUAUAUUUGUUAUUAUAAAUGUGGUUGUUCCUAUUGCUGUUGCAUUUACUAUUGUAAUUACUCUUUGUUUACAUGUUUCAUUUUUAUUUUUCUCAUGUUUAGUUCCUGUUUCUAUUUUAACCACAGGGCCUUGCUUUGUAACAUUACAUUUCUGAUGGAUAUACACAGAGAGAUGCUGACAUUCCACAAAACCCCGGGCUAGUCAAUGUGUUUCAUCUGGGUUGGUGGAGCCUUGAUAUGGGGCAAAAAGCAGUCUGUGACCUUCUCUUUAUGGGUGGAAAGUGUUUUAGGG